CUCGCGUGGUGUCCCAUCCCACCCGGGAGAAGCAAAAGUCCGAUGCGGAUGAUCAUCUCGUUCGUCAACCAUCCAUCCGCAAGAGGCGCAGCCUCAAGUCUUUGACCUUGUCCUCGCGCGCACUGCCGAGAGUCUCUUUUGCUUGGAGCCGCCGUCGAGCUAGGGAGAGAACGAAGAAACAGACGGAGUCACGCACUGGCCGCCGCCUGUACGUCGCUAUGAGCCAUCCUACCUUGACCUGUGCCAACAGCCCAUAACCACUGCAAGGAGCCAAGGACCAAGAAACCACCAGCUUAAAAAGUAUAGCACCCCGCGUCUACUACCUCUGGUUGAGGAUCCGCGCGUCUUUGCUCGGCCGGCGGCAUCCCCAGCUCCCCCUUUGCAUUGCAAAUUUGCAAUGGCUCAUUCAGAGCGAACGCAGUACCUGAAUCUAGCUCUACCACCACUCCUCGUCGCCCUACUCCUCGCAUCACUGCCCCAAUACCAGCCACAGCCACAGCCCGACGACGACGGCGCCUACUUCCGGUACAGCAACUGCGCCCCGACGCCGUACCGCUGCGGGCCAGUCAAGUUCGACGUCGGGUACCCGCUGUCGGUGACGGGCGUGGCCCGGCCGGACUACUGCUCGUUCCCGGGGUACCGCCUGGCCUGCACGAACGGCAGCAGGCUCGCGAUCACCAUGAACGCUCCCGCCGGCGCCUGGGCGUUCCAGGUGACCGGCGUCGACUACGAGAACCGCCUCCUCACCCUCGUCGACCAGGGCCUGGCGCAGCAGGCCUGCCUGCAGCCGUACCGGAACACCACCAUCGACGGCACCAGGUUCGCGUACACCGACCGCGACCAGUUCCUGACGGUGUACGUCAACUGCAGCGCCGCGUCCCCGUCGCUGCCGUUGGUGGUCGACGUCCUCUCGUGCCUGUCCGGGGGCCCGUCCUACUAUAGCCUGGACAACGGGACGGUGGCGCCGGACGUGCUGGGGUCGUGCAGCUCCACUCUGGUUGUGCCUUACAACUCCUCCAUGGCUGCUGCGGCUGGGAGCUCUGGCCUUGGCCUUGGGGAUGCCAUCAACGGCGGGUUCGCCGCGCGGUGGACGGCCGGUGCGGCGUGGUGUGGAGACUGUGUGGAUUCCGGAGGCCGCUGUGGGUAUAACUCCAGCAGCCCUACUGAUCAUACCUGUUACUGCCCUGAUGGCACAUCCUUUGGAACAUGUUCGUCAGGAACUAAGAAGAACAAAAAGGCGAUUGCAAUAGGGAGCUCCAUAGCUGCCGGCGUUUUGCUCUUGCUUCUUGUGGUCAUGACGUGCUUGUACAUCCGCAAGAGAAGGCAGUACAAGAUGACCUCGUCCUCCAGGUUCCUCGAGCCCACUGCAUCCGGCGGGACGCCGCGUUCCAGAGGUAGCACUGCCAUGGAGUCCGGCAGCGUCCGCAGCCUGCAAACGCACCACUUCACAUACCAGGAACUGGAGGAGGCAACUGACAGCUUCAGUGGCGCAAUGGAGAUCGGCGAUGGCGGAUUCGGCACCGUGUACAAAGGGCAUCUCCGAGAUGGGCGCGUGGUGGCCGUGAAACGCCUGUACAACAACAGCUGCCGGCACGUGGAGCAGUUCCUGAACGAGGCGGCCAUCCUCUCCCGCCUGCGCCACCCGAACCUGGUCCUGUUCUACGGCUGCACCUCCAGCCGCAGCCGCGAGCUCCUUCUGGUGUACGAGUACGUGCCCAACGGCACGGUGGCGGACCACCUGCACGGCCACCGCGCGGCGGAGCGCGCGCUCACGUGGCCGCUCCGCCUCGGCGUCGCCGUCGAGGCGGCCGCCGCGCUGGCGUACCUGCAAGCUGUCGAGCCGCCCGUCGUGCACCGCGACGUCAAGACCAGCAACAUCCUCCUCGACGCCGACUUCCACGUCAAGGUCGCCGACUUCGGGCUGUCCCGCCUCUUCCCGCUCGACGUCACGCACGUCUCCACCGCCCCACAGGGCACCCCGGGGUACGUGGAUCCAGAGUACCACCAGUGCUACCAGCUGACGGACAGGAGCGACGUGUACAGCUUCGGCGUCGUGCUCGUGGAGCUCAUCUCGUCCAAGCCCGCCGUGGACCUGACCCGCGGCCGCAGCGACAUCAACCUGGCCGGCAUGGCCAUCAACAAGAUCCAGCAGUGCCGGCUGGAGCAGCUGGUGGACCUCGGCCUCGGGUACGGCUCCGACGAGGCGACGACGAAGCAGAUGACGUUGGUCGCCGAGCUGGCGUUCCGGUGCCUGCAGCAGAACGGCGAGACGCGGCCGCCGAUCAAGGAGGUGUUGGACGCCCUCACGAGCAUCCAGGGUGACGGGCUCGGGAAGAAGACUGACGCGCUCAUCGCGCCGCGCUCGCCCGACACCGUGCACGCUCCGUGGGAUAGCAUGGGUACAGUACAACCCCCCGUACUAGCCAAUGAGCACCUUGACGAGUGCACGGUACCACAGUAUAGGAUAAGAUCCGUGACUGAAAUAUGUCAUGACUGAUGCCUCUUGUUGUUGUGGUGUAAAUCUCUCUUUGUCCCUUCAAACAGCCUGUAAAGGUAUCUAGAUCAUCCGUGUUAAGGUAUCAGACUGUUCACGAUAGGGCGUUGGACCAUUCGUGAUGCAGAUAGCUCUCAUCCGAUAAACCUAGAUCUGGCCUUUCGAUAGGGACCCGUCAAAAGAAGAGAUCGUAAAGUUGCUUCAGAAUUGAUUGACAUGGUGUGAUCGUGUCUUCCUCUCU